UGUUGGAAUUACAGGCAUGAACCACUGAGCCUGGCCUCCAUUUGGUUCUUGAUUGGCUCUAAUUUUUAGAAAUUCAAAAUAUUUUAUUUGGGAAAAUAACUUUUGCUAAUUGCUUUUUGUUAUUUUUAGACAUUAAUGUUUUGUUUGGGAGCACGACAUUUAGUAAUUUUUAUAAAGCAACAAGUCAAAUAAAUAUGUUAGAUAAUGGACAAAAAGCUAGGUAGUGGGGCAUCUAAUUCUUCUAAUCAAACUGAUGAUGUCACUGGGAAAAGAAGAUCAGUUGGAACCUGGUGUUUGACAGUUACCAGAGGAGCUGUGCCUGGGCAGAGGGUACCCAGGAGACACCCUGGUGCCCUUAACCUUCAGAGCAGACAACAUUAUGUGUCCAGGCCUGUGGACCAGAGACACAGGAUAUCUUGUGACUAACAGAGUGAUCCAAAAUGGAGAAAGAUGACCCCCCACAGUUGGUGACUCCUACAUCAGUGAAAGCCAUCAUCUUGAGGAUUGAGGCUGCCCAGCUAACUCGGGCUCAAGAGGAUAUUUCUACUCGGCUCUCACACAUUUCAGACAACGUCAAUUGUGUUAUCAACCGCUUCCAGGAAAAAUUAGGAUAUGAUUUAAAAGAAAAGGCAAAAUCUCACCAGACAGAUCCAAAGGCCAAGAAGAGAUUCAUCUUACUGGACAAAAUUGCCUCCUUUUCCAAAGAUGCUAAGAUGAAGGAGAAGCACCUGUAUGACAUUCUCCACUGGCUGGGUGACUGGGGUGACACUCUGACCUAUGAGAUUGGGCCCAGGAAGAAUGAAGAGGAAGAAGCAGCCCUGGAUGAAUGGAUUGAGGUGACGGAGAAAGUGCUACCGCUCUCCCUCAUUGCCUCCAAAAGAGGCAUUGAGUCACUCACUGCUCUUUGCUCCACUCUCAUUGAAAGACAAAAGAAAAGGUCACAAGUGCCCGAACGCACCUUCUGGCAGGGCUGGCGGGGAAGAAACCCACAGACAUCUCCACCCCAUCCUCAGCCACUGAGCCCAGAACAGAUGCUCCAGGACCAGCACAGCAUGAACACAAAGGCCUUGGAGGUGACGUCCAUGCUGCAGGAGCUCCUGGACUCGACCAUGUUCAGCAAGGGGGAGGUCAGGGCCAUCAGGUACAUGGCCGCUAUGGUGGAGAACCUCAACAAGGCCUUGAUCCUCCAACACAAGGAGAACAGGAGCCUGGAGACCAAAUACAGGUGCCUACAAAUGCAGGCGACCAAACAGCUCAGCAGCCAGAGGCUGCACUUCCAGCAGUUCGUGCAAGCCCUUGAGAACAGGAGCAAUGCUCUGCUGAAGCAAGUAGAGAUCCUAGGGGGAAGGUACCAUGACCUUCUCCUGAAGAAGCAGGGCUUGGAGUUCCAAUUGAAGAAGGCUCAGACUGCUACAGGUCAAGCAGAAGACCUAGUGGAGGUUUCUGUGGACUCCCCGGGUACCCCUGAGAGAGAGACCUUGCCAAGGAAAGAAACAGUCACGGAGGAAACCCAGCAGGAAUCUACAAAGAAGGAGCAGUUGUUCUCACCACUUCCCCCAGGUACCAUGGCCACGGCCCAGGACAAUGGUGCGACAGCUGCAGGGCUCCAGCUGCUUUCCACCAUGACCGUGCACUCGAGGGUCGCAGAUGUGUUCAGCAGCCAGGACACCGAGAGCCUUGAGCCUGUGUUUCUACCCUCAGUGGAUCACAGGUUUCCUAAGAAAUGGGAAAGACCGGCGGCAGAAAGCUCCGGCCACAAAGACGAAGACCAGGAGGACUACUUCCAGGAGAAGGAAGGAUUCCAAAUUAAGUUCCAUUCUAAGGAGCAGCUGUCUCUAGAGAGCUCCAGGCAGGUGCCCUCGGAGAGCCAAGAGGAGCCCUGGGAGGAGGAACUCAGCUGGGAGAAGCGGAGGCAGCUGUGGCUGGAGGAGGAGGAGAUGUGGCAGCAGCGGCAGAAGAAGUGGGCCCUGCUGGAGCAGGAGCACCAGGAGAAGCUGAGGCAGUGGAAGCUGGAAGACCUGGCCAGGGAGCAGCAGCGAAAAUGGGUCCAGCUAGAAAAGGAGCAGGAGAGGCCAAGGAGAGAGCCGGAGCAGCGAGGGGAGGAUGUGGAGAGGAGGAUCUUCACAGUCACCAGUCAAUGGAGGGACUUGGAGAAGGCAGAGCUAUCGUUAGUGCCUGCCCCCAGCCGGGCCCAAUCUGCUCACCAAAGCUGGAGGCCACACUUGCCUACAUCUCCUAGUACCCCACAGCCUGACCUGGGAAAGCAGAGACCUAUGAGUUCAGUGGCGUCUACCCACAGACCACGAGCCUGCCAAGUUCCCACGAAGCCCAAGAAAUCUGCCUCCUUUCCUAUCACUGGGACAUCCAUCCAAAGGCUAGCCCGGCCCUCUUUGCAGAUAUCCCCUGCAACUCUUAAGAAGAAGGUGUACCACAUGGACAUGGAGGCCCAAAGGAAGAACCUGCAGCUCCUGAGUGAGGAGUCUGAGUUGGGGCUGCCCCACUACCUGCGCAGCAAGGCGCUGGAGCUCACCACCACCACCAUGGAGCUGGGCACGCUCAGGCUGCAGUGCCUGUGCCAUAAGUACAUCUUCUACAGACGCCUCCAGAGCCUCCGGCAAGAAGUGAUCAAACACAUGCAAAUCAUGAGAGAAACGGGGGCUUCCUACAAAGCCCAGAACCUCCACAUCUUCUUGGAAAAUAUCAACCACCUGCAGGUCCUCAGAUUGCAGGCCUGGACAGACAAGCAGAGGGUCCUGGAGGAGAAGCGCCGAGAGUGCCUGAGCAGCAUGGUGGCCAUGUUUCCCAAGCUCCAGCUGGAGUGGAACAUUCACCUGAACAUCCCUGAGGUUACCUCGCCAAAGCCGAAGAAAUGCAAGUUGCCUGCAGCCUCACCCCGGCACAUCUGCCCCAGUGGCCCCACCUACAAGCAGCCCUUUCAGUCCAAGCACUGGGAAUGUGUGCCCCUGCAGAUGGCCCGUGCCUCAGCUAACCAAAGGAAGGAAUGCCAGGGACCUACAGAUGAAUCUGCUGAACUUGUUCAAAAAAAGUCAAGCGACUCACUCCCUGGAACCCAAAUAAGCCAAAAGGAUCAAGACAGCCCCAGUCUCCACUCCAUCACUUAGCCAGUGAUUCUCAACCUUCAGAGGGACUGAAACUCACAGAGAACGUGGUCAAAAUGCAGGUUCCCAGCUGGUGCUUUUAAAGAAACCUUCUGGGUGUUGCUGAGUAUUUCUAGAACUUUGAGAAACACUGCUUUCCUCCUGCAGUCCCCAAAUUAUGUUUUUAACAAAAUAGAGGUUAUCUUAAAAUUCUGUCUCAUUGCUGAAACCCACAUCUGCUCCAACUCAAUUUUAGAAACCUCUUAGUAUUGUCUGUGUCCUUUGGGAGCAAACAUGCCAAGAUGGCUGUGAUUGGUACCUGAAACUUAGUAGGUGUAACUCCAUUUAAUCAAAAUAUGGACAGAUAUGUCACUGACAUGCCAGUGAUUUUCAUGAAAGCUCAGAAGGCGAGAACAAAAGGAGAUACCAAAUAUAGACCAGAGCCAGGUGUCACAAGGUGGGAGGCAAAGAUGAGUGUGUCUCUGAGUGAGGACAAAGGUGGAAGAAAUGGAGACAUGAGGUUCAAAUGUAGAUGAUGUGGGCUAAGAAGGCUGUCUCUGGCAGGUGUCUGUCAGUUAAGACACUAAUUUGCUUAGUUCAAUCAGCUCAUAAGCACCUGCACACCCUCCUCCUGGCACACAGCUACCUGCCUGGUCCCUGCUCAGUCUCUCCCUCCCCAUCCUUCUCCACUCACCAGCACCCCUAGCCUAGGGACCAGGCAUAACAAAUAGGAAAUGACCCUGUCCUCAGCGAACUCAUGUCUGACCAGUCUCUCCUCAGGAAUGGCUCUCAUCCUUGCUUCCAGCCUAAGGCUGAGAUUCCAGAAAGCUGAGGAAGAUGUGGGAUGUGAACAGCCAGUUCUGUGGAUGAUGCCAGGAGUAGGAUUUAUUUUCUGAGCCACAGCUUAAGAUAUCGCAAGGAUGCCUGGUGUGGGAGGAAGGGAAACAGUAACCUGAUGCAGGUCACACACACAGCACAGGCUGUGCCAGCCCCGGGCUGUUUCCAGCCUCUCGGGUCCCAGGCUCUUUCUUUUCUGGAGGCCUCACCCCAAUGAUACUUAACAUCUUAAAAUGCCCUCACAUUAAAUGCAUCAUGCUAAAUAAUUGGAAAGGAUUUUUAUAACCUUGCUUUAGAAAUGAACUAUAAGGAAGUUACUUAAUGUAUACUUGGCUGUGAGUGACAUCUCCGCCAUCAGCAUGCACAGAGAAGAAAUCGAACAAGUUUUAUAAAUGUAAUGAGACUAUUUUGAAUACUAAAUUUGACAGUGAAUGAAACUGACAUUAUAUUUUAUAAAGAUUUCAUACAUAUUCAUACGUUAUUGGUUUUUACAUUUUGGCACCAAUAAUAUUUUCAAAGGUUUCAUAUUUUCACAGGCUCUUAGCACUGUGCUUAAGGGGGCUGGUGGCUGAACUUGUUCUGGUGAUGGAGGACUUUGACCUUCUGCAUGUCCUCUAGCGAACUCUCUGGCAAGCACGCAGAGUGUCUGACAUUCUUCUCCUGCUUUGGUAACAAUUUUGUCUUUUUAAAGGCAAAGAAAGCCUGCACAGGCCAAGCUGUGAAGCCAAGAGGGCUGGAAGACAAAUAUAUAUAUAUGUGGGGGUGCCUUUAUGUAUGUAUGUGUGUGUAUGCAUAUGUGUUUAUGUAUGUAUCUACAGGUAUGUGCCCAUAUAUGUGUAUGUGUGUGUCUGGGUAUGUAUGUAUAUAAGUGUAUGUAUGUAUAAAUAUGUAUAUAUGCAAAUGCAUAAAUGUGUGUGUAUAUAUGUAUAAUGUGCAUAUGUGUAUAUAUGUAUGUGUGUAUGUCUGGUGUUUUUCUAGUGAUGAGGCUCACUGAUACUAUACAGGAGCCUCAUUUUUUUUUUUCAGAGCAAAGUUGACAUUUCUGGUCAAUCUAUUUAACCUCUACCUCCCAAAAAUUCAGGGAAGACAAGGCAUAGGAAGGAGUAUUUAUUUGAGCACUGCUUCAGGCCAUAUUCAGGGACUGACUAUAGCCCUGCUUGCAUGGCACACAGCCUCAGAUGAGGAACCAAAACAAAUAUGGAAGGCGACAUGGGAGAGGGUCUACUCCAGCCCUGACUAACUGAAAAGAGGUGUACAGUGGAAGGGAGAAAAGCCCUUCAAAAAUAACCCAGCCGUACAGCCAGGGAGGGGAAAACCGGAAGGAUCAAGACAGCCCCAGUCUCCACUCCAUCACUCUGUCAUGCAGGCCAUGACUUUUCAUGGCCUGAAAAGUCAGAAAACAAAUGAGCAUGACUCUAUGAUCAGAGGAGUCAUCUUCUCAAGAAGAGAAGAUGUGCACAGCUAGAUGCUGAUAGUUACAGGAGCUGCCUCUAACAGGUGAGCAACAUGCAGGAACAGAUGGGGAAUUUGAGUAGAGAGUAGGAAAUUGUACAAAAAAAAUGGAAACUUGGAGAUGUCAGAAAUGAAACUCUUAAUAUCAGAGUAUAGAAAUCCUUUGGCAGGUUUAUCACCCAACUAGACAAAAGCAAGGCAAAAAAAAUUUGUGAAUUUGAGGCAAGAUCAAUAGAAAUUAGCCAACUAUAACACAGAGAGAGUAAAAACAAAGAAACAAACCAGCAACUCCCAAAACACCCAAGAUGUGUGGGACAGUACCAAUGGUUUCACAAAUGUGAUUGAAGUCUCAGGGGAAAGGAGAAGAAAUAUUUGAAGAACUAUUUGAAGAGAUAAUUACUGAGAAUUUCCCAAAUUGAAGACAGGAAGCCACAGAUUCAAGGAGCUCAGAGAACUGCAAACGGAUAAAUACAAAGAAAAACAUACCUCACCACAUCACAGUCAAACCUGAAACCAAAGGUGAGAGAACAAUUUGAAAGUCGCCAGAAAGAAAAAGUUACCAAGUAGAGUAAGAAAUAAAGCAGUCUUCUCAGGCAGUCUUCUGUCUUAUGGGUCCACAAGAUAACCUAGGAACCUUCUAGAAUAUUCUCCCAUUUGGGAGCAAUUCGCUUAGGCAGGUAUCUGUUACUUGGCAAAAGCAAUGGGCUGAGAUGUUACAUCCCACCCAAUUAGCCAAUUAGGAGGCCAAGCAGAGCGGCCUCCCAUCUCCAGUUCUCCAUACCCCUACCUUGGCUCUUGUGUCACACCCUGCCCCUCCUCUCUGCACAUGCUGGGAGGCCCUGUGCUGGCUGGUGGCUUCAUCACCCCUCAAACGCUAUUUAUUGCCUCUAAGCUGAGAGGAAUCUGGGCAGGUGGAGGCUGGAUAAACUAGUUGCCAACCUCAGUGACCCUGGGGUCUGACUACUGCCUGACAUUCUUUCCCAGGAGCUGAGCAGCCUGGAACGACCAAAAUCUGAGUCCAGCUGGUGCGCCAGUCAGGGCGCUGCUGCAAAAUGCUCACUGCCACUGGCAGCAGCAGUGUUAGCAGGCAGCUGCCACUGAUUCUGGCCACCACUGGUCAAGAAGAUUUGGGUUUCCUCUCCCAUCACCCCCAAGCUGUUAGAUGCCGCACUUCCUCACUUUCUGGAAGAGGAGGAACCUUUCCUGCAGAAGCCACAAGGAGGCAGCAAAGUGCUUGUCUAAGAGCCUCAGCUGGCCUGGAGAGGUGCAGGAAUUAGAAGGGAGGGGACUGCAGGAUGAGAGACACAAAGGAAGCGGCUGUGGGUUCCUGAGAAGGUGCAGGUCCAGCGUGGACAGCAAGUGCAGCAGAGGGAGGAGAAGACUUGAGGCAUUCCAGAUCCAGGCUAUGGACACGGGGAUCCUGAAGAUGACUCAUGGUGGUGGAGUCUGCUCUCCCUCGGCCUGGGUCCCCUUCCUUCUUGCUUGACUGCCCCCCCCACCCCCAGCAGGUCCUCUGCUCUGUAUUGGCAGAGAUCUAUCCCUGCAAAUGACCCUUUGGGCAGCUGUUUUUAGGAGCUCUGCCAGGAGGCCCUCCCCAUGGACUUCCUCAAGCAUAUAGCAUGGCCCCAUUGAUUCAUGUACUCAUUCAUCCAUUCAACAAGUACCUAUUGGGCACCUAACUCAUUAUGAGGCAAUGUUCUAGGUGUUAGGGAUACUGUGGUGAGUAAAACAGAUUUUUAAAAGGUGUUUUCACAAAGCUUACAUUCUAUGGGGGAAAAAGACAAGAAACAAAAAUAAAUUAGUAAAAUACACAGUUAUGUCAGCGGGUAAAAGGUGCCAGGGAGAAACACAAAUUUCAAGAGGCAUAAGGCAGCAGAAUGCAGGGGAGUGGGUGUUACCAUUUAAAGUAGAGAGGGCAUGGCAGGAUAUUUCAGUGAAGACUUGAAGCAGGUGAAGAGGUAAC